GCCAAACCGUUUCUCCAAAUAGAAAACCAGGAAGAAAACAUGAAUGUAGCCGAGCGGCUAAUGCUAACUAGUUGGACGUUAAAUGUUUCAAGGUAGUUCUGAAAAAGAGAAUUAAUUAAGAAUAAAUUGAACUUGGGAUUUAUAAGGGACUGACACCGAGCUACAUAUAAAAGUGAAUGAAGAGAUGCAGGCUGGUGACCCAGGGGUCGGCGCAUCAGUGGGGGUGUCUGGUGUUCAGAGCCGGUCGGAGGAUGAAGAGUCGCUUGUUGUGAAAGAUGUGAAAAGGACAGCAACGCAAGCAUUUGGAGUCGGUGUUCCCAAGAGGAGAAGUUCAUCCAGGUCAAUAAAAAGAAAGAAGUUUGAUGAUGAGCUGGUGGAGAGCAGCCUGGUGAAGUCGUCCAGUCGAGUCAAAGGGCCUCCUGUCAUGGAGCCUAUUCGCUGUUUGGGCAGUGAACCUUCGCCUAUAGAAAAGAAAAGGGUGACAAAAUCAGGAACUGCUCUCACUCCGCCUCUCGCCGUGAUGUUAAAUCCCUCACCUCUGCCCAAAAGAGUGAAGAAAACCAAGCAGCCUUUAAAUAUGACUAAAGAUCUGGGACGCUGGAAACCCACAGACGACCUUCUGCUAAUAAAUGCUGUGCUGCAGACUAGUGAUCUAACUUCAGUUCAUCUGGGGGUGAAGUUCAGCUGCCGCUUCACCUUGAGGGAAAUUAAAGAGAGGUGGUACGCUUUGCUGUACGACCCCGUCAUCUCCAAGUUGGCAUGGCAGGCCAUGCGGCAGCUUCACCCAGAGGCAAUCGCAGCAAUCCAAAGCAAAGCUCUGUUCAGUCAGGGGGAACAGGCGCUGCUGGCCAAGAUUGGCUCAACCAGUCAGCCUAAAAUGGACGUUUUCCAGGAGGUUCUGAGCAAACACCCGGGCAUCUUUCACCCGUCUCGCACCCCCAAGAGCCUGAUGGUUCACUGGCAGCUGCUGAAGCAGUACUACCUGCUAGACGACCAGAGCGUUCAGCCCCUUCCUAAAGGUGACCAAGUCCUCAACUUCUCUGAUGCAGAGCAGAUGGUUGAUGAUGUGAAAUUAAAGGACAGCAGAGACGAGGUGUUGGAACACGAGCUGAUGAUUUCAGACCGUCACCAGAAACGGGAGAUUAGACAGCUGGAGCAGGAGUUGCCUCGGUGGCAGGUUCUAGUGGACAGCAUCACAGGGAUGAGCAUGCCCGACUUCGACAAUCAGACACUGGCAGCGUUACGAGGAAGAAUGGUGCGAUACCUCAUGAGAUCAAGAGAGAUUACACUGGGCAGAGCGACGAAGGACAAGCAGAUAGAUGUAGAUCUGUCACUAGAGGGACCCGCUUGGAAAAUAUCCAGAAAGCAAGGAAUAAUUAAACUGAAGAAUAAUGGAGACUUCUUCAUAGCUAACGAGGGCAGGCGACCCAUUUACAUCGACGGCAGACCGGUGCUGUCAGGCAACAAGUGGAAGCUAAACAACAACUCAGUGGUGGAGAUCGCAGGCCUUCGCUUCGUCUUCCUAAUAAACCUGGAGCUCAUCUCACUGAUCAAAGCUGAAGCUGCUAAGAUGACACAGCAGUGAAAGGCCAAGAAGAAAAGGACUCACAAUAGCCGUGACCCUCAGUGCGACUCUUUAACAGACUAAAUCCUGGAGCAACGUGUUUAAUGUGCUGUGUGGAUAUUUUAUUUGUAAUGCUGACACCCACGGUUCAGUCCUGCUGUGUCCAGUUUUUCAGAACGUUGUAUUUAAAUUCUCACACCAAGCUUUUUUAAAAAAUAAUAAACUUGUUUACCGUAUGUCCUAUUUUGUGUUUUAGUGCAUUUAAGAGUCAAAUCUGCAUCUGAAAGAAUAAUUUCUUUGGGUUUGCUCAGUUUACCUCAUAUCACAGUUUAGUGGUAAGAAUUUCUAAAUAGUUGACUACUCUUUAUGUUGUUCACACAAUAUAAAUAGAAAUAAUCAGGACUCAAAAAUUAUCCAAAGGUCUUAAUAGAAGCAAAAAUAAGAACCUUUCCAGCUACAAGCCGUCGUUAGUCGAAACAAAUCCCAAUUUUGCCCUAAUUAGAGCCUUUGGAGAUUUUUGGAGCACUAGUUUAUUUCCAUUUUUUGUGAUUCUUCAGAAACAGGUAAUCAUUCACUCUUCUUUCUUUUUAUCACAUUGGAGUUGUGUGCACUGCCCCCCUCUUGUUCAUACAAUAUUAGCAAUCACAUUUCCUUUGUUAGUUUACUGUUUCUCUAACUAUUUUGCUAACAACUCGUCUGAUCUGGAGCUAAAGGAUUGCUCGUUUAAGACUAGCAAGACUUUCUGCUAACCAUCAAAAACAUUUUCAAAAUUUGGGUUUAAGAUAUGUUAUUUCUUUAUUUGUCCCGUUGAUAUAUAAUCAAAUCCCUUUUCCCUGUCAUUGGAAACAUUUGUGCCUCUUGUGUAAUUAUCAUGAGAACCUGGCUUCAGGUCACUUGUGCACUUCACCACUUGGGGGCGCCACAGAGACUAAGAGAAAAUGGUUGAAUGAAGGUAUUACUGUACCGUCAUAGUUUAAAUCCCAGGUUUUAAUGUGCAGGUUGGGACAUUUCUCUGCAUAAUUUAUUUAUUUAUUUUACUUUGAAGGUAAAAUGAACCCAUUCUAGCUUUAAAUAUAACUAUUUUGCAACUUGAGUGCUUUACAAACUAAUAUUUAUAGACUAAAUUGGAAUAAUACACACCUCAAUGGGAGAAAUGUAUUAUGAUUUGUAAAUAAACACAUUUUCUCUUAAUUUGA